UCGUGAUUUGGAGGGGUCGGUUUCAUUGUACAGGCCCCCAUAGAUUUGUACGCAGAAAGCAGAUACAUAUACCCCAAAACAAAUCCAUGGAAUCCUGAAAAGAAGAAAUCUCUCAAAGGAUGGACUAUGCACUAAUUGAUCCAUAAUAGUGCAAAACUCUACGUUUCAUCUUUUAAAGGUUUUACUAUAUAUAUAUGCAUGACAUUAGGGAAAUAUCUAUCAGAUAUAGAAGAGAAGGGAGGAUAAAUUAAUAAUGCCCCAAUCAACAGGAUUCAUGGAUGUUGCAGACUCAGAUUUCCUCAGUAACAAAGAACCUUAUGAUGAUGAAUCAGAAUUUGACUCUGAGUUUGAGAAAUACUUUGUGUUCUCCUCUGCCAAGAACCGCUUUUUUGGCAGGACAAGGUCUCUUCAUAUUGUCCUAGGUUCUGGAAAAAUUGCUGAUAUCAUACUCUGGAGAGAUAAGAGGAACUCAACAAGCGUUCUCACUGGUGUAACUUUGUUAUGGAUUCUUUUUAAGAGCAUGGAUUACACCCUGCUUAGUUUCAUUUGUGACUCUCUCAUACUUCUAUUGGCAAUGCUGUUCCUCUGGACUCAUUUAACCACCUUCAUAGACAUACCUCCACCUAAAUUAUCAGCAUUCAUCUUACCCCAUGGGUUGCUUGUUGACAUUGCUCAUUCAAUGACUAGUGGGCUUAACAAACUACUCAUAAUAUUUGGAGUCCUAGCUUCCGGAAGAGACUUUAAGAAGUUCCUCUUGGUUACAUUGACAUUGGGAGCUGUCUCAGUUUUUGGCAGAUGGUUCACAGCUGCAACUAUCAUCUACAUAGGGUCUGUGAUAUUGUUUAUAGUGCCAGCAGUAUACGAAAGGCAUGGGGCUUUCUUUGAUAUCAUUGCUGAGAAGGCAAUGAUUGAAUUAAGUAAUCGAUAUGCAGAGUUGAUGAAUAAGUUUUCGGGGAACUCUCAUUCCCAAAACUUGCAGGACAGCAUUCUAGACUAGAGGUAUUGCAAAUCAAUUUGCAUGUUAUGGUUUUUGUUCCGGAUUAACACUUCAUGGUGGUUUAACUUUGGCUGGAAACAAGACGUGCGCAAAACAAUGUUGUUACAUAAUUGUAUUUAGAAGUUGCAGCUAGUGUUCUUAUAAAUAUAGUUCAAGAGUUAGCCACCAGGUUCAGUAAUUUUGAACUAGCCUAUGCAUAUAUGAUGUAUUGAUGGAGUGUAUAUUUAAUCCUCACUGAUAUAUGGAUCUGAAAUUUUGUACACCAGUUAACAAUGUACAAUUUUUUGUUAACAGCAUGUGGUUGAAUAUUUUGAUUAAUUACUACAUGAUACACCAAAGUUUCAUAUUUGAUUGACACUGAUCGUUGAUGUUACACCCAGUUCUGUAACCAUAUGUGUUAUCAAUUAUCAUGAUAUGUUUCUUUCUGGCACUUAAUUUACUUGUCAUUCGCCUCUUGCUUGCAGAAAUAGAUUCAAUUUAGUGUGUUCUUCAUUUCCACAAGUUUAGAAAAUUCAUUAGAAAUUGUAGGCAUUUACAGUCCUGGAUUGAAGUUUUUGUAUUUUAUGAAAUUAGUGACAGAAAUAGAAAACACUACAGAACAUACAACAUGAAAGGCCUUCUAAAAGUAGUAUUCAACCUGACCAUAAGUAUCAAAGCUAAACCGUUUUAGUUUGUUAUGCAUGAAAAAUA